AACCUCAUCUCCUUCCUACCUACACCACACUCUCUCUCCCUCCUCCCUUUUCUAUAACUAAACACUCUUUCCAGAAAUGGUUACUCUUUUGCCUCUCUACCCAUACCCUUCUUCUUCUUUUCCUUCUCUCCCAAAUUCAAAACACAUCUCUGUCUUGAAACCAAAGCCGUCUCUCCAUUACCACAGACCAGUCUUUCUAGCAUCAAGCCACUCUAGCGAAGCCGAACCCGAAUUACCAGAGAGUGUGAAGAAUUUCUGGCAGUGGGGGUGCGAUGAAGGAGUGAUCUCAAAGAAGACACCCGUGAGACCCGGCAUUGUUCCAGAAGGUAUGGGAUUGGUUGCCACGAAAGACAUUGGGCGAAACGAGGUCGUUUUGGAGGUCCCGAAGAGGUUCUGGAUUAAUCCAGAUACGGUUGCGGAAUCGGAGAUUGGGAGCGUUUGUUCUGGGUUGAAGCCUUGGAUUGCUGUGGCUCUGUUCUUGCUGAGGGAGAAGUUUAGGGGUGGGGAUUCCAAGUGGAAAUUUUACCUUGAUGUUCUCCCGGAGUGCACCGAUUCUACUAUUUAUUGGUCAGAAGAGGAGCUUGCUGAGAUUCAAGGGACCCAGCUAUUGAGCACAACAAUUGGAGUAAUAGAUUAUGUGCAAAAUGAAUUCCAGAAAGUUGAAGAAGAAGUCAUACUUCCAAACAAGCAGCUCUUCCCUUUCCCUAUAACAUUGGAGGACUUCUUUUGGGUAUUUGGGAUCCUCAGAUCUAGGGCUUUUUCUCGCCUUCGGAAUCAAAAUCUUAUUUUGAUGCCAUUUGUUGACUUGAUCAACCACAGUGCUAGAGUUACCUCGGAAGAUCAUGCCCAUGAAGUUAGAGGACCAGCCGGUCUUUUCUCGUGGGACUACUUAUUUUCGUUGCGAAGCCCGCUAUCAGUGAAGGCAGGCGAGCAGGUAUUCAUCCAAUACGAUCUGAACAAGAGCAACGCUGAUUUUGCUCUGGACUAUGGCUUCAUUGAUUCGGGUGCAGACCGUGAUGCAUUUUCGCUUACACUGGAAAUUUCGGAGUCGGAUGAUUUUUACGAUGACAAGGUGGAUAUUGCAGAGUCGAACGGUUUAGGGGAAAUGGCUUACUUUGAUGUAAAGUUAGGCCAACCUCUUCCCCCACAAAUGCUGCCCUAUUUGAGGCUCGUGGCACUUGGGGGCACCGAUGCUUUCCUACUCGAAUCAAUAUUCAGGAACUCCGUUUGGGGCCAUCUGGAAUUGCCCAUUAGCCGCGCGAAUGAGGAGCUCAUAUGUAGAGUUGUGAGAGAAGCUUGCUCGUCUGCGCUUUCCGGCUAUCAUACCACUCUCGAAGAGGAUGAGAAGCUGAAAGAAGAAGGAAACCUGAGCCCAAGAGUUGAGAUAGCAGUUGGGGUUAGGGCAGGGGAGACGAAAGUGUUGAGACAGAUAGACAACAUCUUUAGAGAGAGGGAAGAGGAAUUGAAUGAAUUGGAAUACUACCAAGAGAGGAGACUCAAAGAUCUUGGUCUGGUUGGAGAACAAGGAGAAAUCAUCUUUUGGGAGCCUAAAUAGAUAGGAUAAGAGCCAUAUGCCAUCAAGAUUAAUGAUUGUCAUAGAAUCAAUCUUAUUCAUCCACCAAACAUUGGAAUGUACUAUAUAUCUAGUCCAGAUGCUCAAAUUUUGAAAUUUUUCACACAAUCUUUACUCAAUCUUAUGUUUCACCUCCA